ACUUUCUCUCAACUGAGGUCAGUGUUUCCCAAGGGGGAAUCUGCUGGCAUCCUGGGACAGAUAAUUCUUCAUUGUGCAGAGAUAACCCAUUGUAGAACCUUGAGCAGCAUUUAGCAUGUUCCCUACAUGUUGCCCUGUGGCCACCCCCCACCCCCAUGCCCAUCACUGGGACAAUUCCUAGUCCCCCCUAACAGCCCUGGUCAAGAACCAGUUCAGUUUCUCUCUCUCUGAUUAUAACAGAACUCAUGCAACAGGACUGCAGGAUUCACAUGAUUUAAGAGGAGCGUUUCAUUUUCUCCCUUAGCUUGGCUGUAUGCUUAUGAUACAAAGGAAUCAAACUUCCUUGCUCUCUCAGUGGCUCUAAGUUUGAAGUUGAAUUGGUCUAAAGUGUUCAUUUUGCUUUUUUGUUGUUGUUGUUCUGGCUGUUCUUUUUGGUAGGCAUAAAGAAGUUUCCCCUUUCAGAGAAAUGCUGAGCACAUACCACCCCAAAGCACACCCCAAACCAAUUGCUCUCAAUCUCAAAAAAAAAAAUCUGAAAGGGAAAAACAUUAAUGGAUUAUUUUUGUACAUGUGAAAAAUCUUUUGGAAGGGCAAUUUUCUCUUGCUGAGUGGUGGAAAACGACAGUGUUAAUUACGUUGCCUUGUUAAAUCUGAAAGAACGCAGUGAACGUUGGAAACCUUUCAAUUGCCUUUGUGGAAAGGCAUCUAAGGGAUCAGAAACCAUCUCCAUCAGCGAAGCGCUGAGGCAGCUGUGCCCCUCCUAAGGCCCUGGGUCUGGUUGUGCUGAGAGGAAGCUGUGAGCUCCAACCUAUGGGACCUCUGGGGAAAAUACAGAGGAAGGUUUCAACCGUGAGGAAAUGUCAUUCAGAUUUGGCCAACACCUCAUCAAGCCCUCUGUGGUUUUUCUCAAAACAGAACUGUCCUUUGCUCUUGUGAACAGGAAACCUGUGGUACCAGGACAUGUCCUCGUGUGUCCCCUUCGGCCAGUGGAGCGCUUCCGAGACCUGCGUCCAGAUGAAGUGGCAGAUUUGUUCCAGGCAACCCAGAGAGUCGGGAUGGUGGUGGAGAAGCAUUUCCAGGGGACUUCUCUCACAUUUUCCAUCCAGGAUGGCCCUGAAGCCGGGCAGACUGUGAAGCAUGUUCACGUCCACGUUCUUCCAAGGAAGGCUGGAGACUUUCACAGGAAUGACAGCGUCUAUGAUGAGCUCCAGAAACAUGACAAAGAGGAAGAGGACUCCCCAACCUUGUGGAGAUCUGAGGAGGAAAUGGCAUCAGAAGCUGCAGCACUAAGGGUCUACUUUCAGUGACUUUGCAGGCACAAAAGUAACUUGAACAAAUCCCAAGGCAUACAGAAAUGGGCCUCGUUCUCUAGGACUCUGCAGCAUUGGAAAUGAAGCUAAGCAGACUUUAUUACAUCCUACAAUUCUGCAACCUUUUGCGAAGCAUUUUAUUCCACUUGUGGAAGCCAUCGGGGUUAUGUUUCAAUCACCAUGACUGACAGGCUAACUUCAAAACAACAGCAUCGGCAGCCCUUCCAUACUUCCUGGGCUAUGCACUUAGAAUAGAACCUUUUCUAAAUUGUCCCUUGGCCUGGAUGGAAAUAAAAUGGUGGUUAAAAUA